GCGCUGCUUGUUAUCGCUGCAGAUCUUGUACCAGUGGUAGACAAGAGUUGCUGUUUUGGACCUCCGAACGUCGUCUCCUUUAAAACCGCUCUCGUGUCGCUCGAAUCGUCCUUAAUAAUUUUACAAGUGAUACUCAACACAUGAUCCACUCUCCUGUUUGCUCUGUACUUUCUUCCCCUGCAGCCUGUAGCCAAGAUGGAUGAAGCAACCGAGAAACGCCUCAACGGAUUGACAAAGCUGUUCAACGGGUUUAUCCACGGACAUCGCGAGAUCAAGAGCUUAGGUGAUUGUAAACGAUUCUUAGAGGCUGUGUGCGCGCAGAAAGAUGCGUCUAAAUGUGUGGAAAGCAUCGUUGCGUCCAGUUCAGGGUUGACAGCUCUUGCCAAGGCGUUUCGCUUUACUGGAGAUAGCGCCUUCCUGAACGGGCCUGCAGCCGAGGUCCUUCGAUUAUUAGCCGACCCAUCCAUCAAGCAACUUCACGAUGGCCAAUUUUUGCAUCGCAUUGUCCAACACAUCGUUGAUCCACCCACGUUCUGGGACGCUUUUUCCAAAGCUCACUUUGCUCGAGCUCUAUCUGAAGAUGCCAACCUCGCAUUUGCGUGGCUUCUGGUCGAGCUUUUAUACGAUCGCUCUGGUGAUCUCCCCGACGUACGCAAUAUCGCAGAGCGGGUCACGGAAAUCGAGUCGUUGAUCGGCUCUGAGGAGCGUGGGGUGAGAAAUCUCGGGCAAAAAAUCAAAAACUUCCUCGAAAAUACUUCGGCAGAUAUUACCGGAACUGGACCUGGCGGACGUCAUGAUAAUGAUCACGCAGAUUAUAGGAAGAUUAAGAUUCUGCCUACUGCAGAUGAGUUCUCCUCUACAGAAAGGCCAUUCUACCGACGUGCAGAUGCCAUGAAAUCUGUCGACCUAUAUCAGCGGGGCCAUCUCCACCUCGACAACCAAUUCCGGCUCUUAAGAGAGGACUUACUUGGUGAACUGCGCAAUGAUUUCCAGAUCAGCAUUGGUGCCAAGAAAGGACGGCGCAGGGUGAUCCUGAGAAGGCUGCAAUUCAUAGGCAUUGACUGUGGUUUGCCUCAUCGACGAAGGGUUUGCCACAUCAAACUUCAGUGCAACGCCGAUAUCCCCCAGCUGAAGCACUUUAAGGACACCGAUGCGCGAAGGAAGCAUGUCGCAGAUAACAAAAACCUACUCAAGCAUCAUUCCCUUGGUUGCUUGGUUAGCCACGGAGGUGUAGUCGCUUUUGUGAGCGUGGAUCGCAACGAAGCCGAACUCUCUCAAGAGCCUCCCGUACUGCGGCUACGUAUUGCUGAUGAUGAUGCGCUCAUGAAAGUACUCAUCGCAAGCAAGGUAUCUCAGGAGUUUGAGUUUAUACAAGUGGACACAGCUGUGUUUGCUUAUGAAUCUGUUCUACGAUGCCUCCAGGACAUGUUGGAAGUUCCACUGCAAGAACAAUUACUUCAGUCCACUUCUGAGGCGGAAGAGGCCUUGUCCGGUAUCCAACCGACGCAAAUGAUCGAUCAUAUCGGCGCAAACAUGGAUCAAGACCUGCAGCACGCAGUAGGUGCGACCAUGAGUGUCAAACUAGACAGCGCCCAAGCUCAUUCGUUAUUGGCGGGUUUGUCCAAAAGGGUUAGCCUUAUUCAAGGCCCACCAGGAACUGGGAAGUCCUUCAUCGGGUCUCUCAUUACAAAGAUUCUUCAUGACCAGACUCAAGAAACUAUCUUGGUAAUCACAUACACCAAUCAUGCGCUUGAUCAGUUUCUCGUAGACAUACAGAACAUUGGCGUUUCGAAACACUCGAUAGUUCGUCUCGGAUACAGGGGCAGCGAUGAAACGAAGGAUUUAAGUAUCUCUAAACAAUCCUCCACGUACAAGAUUGGCCGUGACGCCUGGCAGAUCAGGGAAAAUAACAAGGUAGAAGCUGAAGGUUACCAUGACCUCUUAGUCAACGCCGUGUCUGGUUUCAUUCAGGGCAACAUCAAUGACAAAGCCAUUCUAGAGUAUCUGGAGUUUGAAGAUCCAGAUUUCUUUGAUGCUUUCCAGAUACCUGAUACUGAUGAAGGUGAAGAAAUUGCAGGUCGUCAUGGUAAAGCCAUUGAUAGAACGUACUUGAUCAACGAGUGGACACAGGGGAGGAGCGCUGGUGCCGUCGGUGGCGCUUCAGAACAGCAGUUUCCCAAUGUAUGGGGACUUGAGAGCAGUGCACGUGCUGCUCUCCGUCUAAACUGGAUCAAAGGUAUCUAUCAAGAACGAGCUUCUCACAUCACAAACCUAGUACAGAAGUACAAUCGAUGCAGGCACAUGGUUGAACGAAUCAACCAGGAAGAGAAAGCUUUCUUCUUGAAACAAAAGCGAAUUAUAGGUUGUACGACUACAGCUGCGGCGAAGUAUACCGAGGCAAUCCGAGAAGCUUCGCCAGGAAUCAUCAUUGUGGAGGAAGCCGGCGAGAUCCUCGAGAGUCAUAUUCUGACUGCUCUGACGUCCAAUACCAAACAACUGGUGCUGAUAGGAGAUCACAAACAACUUCGGCCGAAAGUUAGUAACUACUCGUUGACGGUGGAAAAGGGGGAUGGGUAUGAUCUCAACGUGUCGAUGUUUGAGAGGCUUGUUCUCUCUGGCAUGCCUCACACCACGUUGAAUUUGCAACAUCGGAUGCGUCCAGAAAUCUCCAACCUUGUCCGAUCGCUCACGUAUCCGGAGCUAGAGGACGCAUUAGGGACUAAAGAUCGACCCAUGCUACGAGGUUUCCAGAAUAACGUCAUAUUUGUAUCUCACGAUAAGCCCGAGCUCAAUGCCGAUUUCAUUGCAGACCGCCGCGAUGAAGAUCAGAAGUCUAGCAAAGAGAACGAGUUUGAAGUCGAUAUGGUCCUCAAGAUUGUCCGGUAUCUUGGCCAGCAAGGGUAUAAUACCGAGCAGAUUGUUAUUCUGACACCAUACCUUGGUCAGCUCCACCGCCUUGUGAAAACAUUAAGUCAGGAUAGUGACCCCUGGCUCAACGAUCUGGAUUCUUUCGAGCUCGUUCGUGCUGGGCUGGCACCUCCGCCAAGUGCAGGUAUUCCCAAGCAAAGGGUCAAAAUUUGCACCAUAGACAACUACCAAGGGGAGGAGAACGAUAUUGUUAUCGCUACACUGACCCGGAGUAAUUCUGUGGGCGAUAUUGGCUUCAUGGCCUCACCUCAACGUGUCAACGUACUAUUGUCUCGGGCACGUGACGCUCUAAUUAUGAUAGGAAACGCAAGUACUUUUGUGAACAGCCGCAAAGGCAAGGACGUAUGGGUUCCUCUCAUGAAGCAGCUGAAUCGGGGAGGGCAUGUCUACAACGGCUUCCCAGUCAAAUGCGAGCAGCAUCCAAACAGGACCGCAUCAAUUGCUUCACCAGAUUCUUUUGACGAAAUUUGCCCAGAUGGUGGCUGCUCGGAGCCAUGCGAAAAAUAUCUCAAGUGCAACACUCAUAAAUGCCCACAACGAUGUCAUCAGUUGCAGGAUCACUCUAAGAUGAAAUGUCGGGCAAUUGUCGACCGGAUCUGUUCCCUGAAGCAUGCUUUUGCCCUUGAAUGUCACGAAAAGGACAAAAAAACCUGUCCAAAUUGUAGGGAAGAGAUCGAAGCGGCUGAGGCGAAGCGUCAGCGGGAAUACCAGCUUGAGCAAGAGCGGCUAGUCAAGCAACGAGAGUACGCCACUAAAUUGGCAGAGAUCGAUGACGAGAUGGCCCACGAGAAGCGUUUGUUGCGAAAUGCAUCCGAGGACAGAGAUCGCAAGAAUGUGCUGGCUCAGAAGCAGCGAGAUCUCGAUAAUCUGAGACAUCAGGUCCGCGACCCGGAUAAGUCGACUGUCACACCGGCAUUGGAUGUCUCAGUACCAAUGGUGCCGAAUUCUUGGGAUGCACCUGCAGUUCCACAGAUGCCGAAAUCCAACGUAAGCUCUGCUGGGUCUUCAAUCAGUCAAGUUCCUCCUCUCCAACACCAUCUGCCGGCCUUGGUCCAAAGCGAGGCCAAAGACGACUGGGAAUGGCAGAAAAGGUUCGAAGGUGCUCGAAAUGAGGCGUUGGAUGCGUUGGUAGCUAUGAUAGGGAAGCUAUAUUACACUUCGAUCGGAACAAUCUGCCUCGAAUCCGUCAAGCAGAAAUUUCUCGCAAUAAAGGCGAAGGUGGACACUCAGGUUCGACAGAAUGUGUCGCUCAAAGGCGAGAGAUUUGGAGCGGCUUUGUUAGGUAACCCUGGAACAGGUAAAACAACCGUCGCAAGGCAUUAUGCGAAGUUUCUGAUGAGCGUCGGCGCCCUUCCUGGAGAUCAUUUCUUCGAGACGUCAGGAUCGAAGCUUGCUAAUGAUGGUAUAUCUACAUGCAAAUCACACAUUGACACAAUUCUUGGAGCUGGUGGCGGCGUUUUCUUCAUUGAUGAAGCCUAUCAGCUUGUGAACGGCAACAAUUCCGGCGGCAAAGCGGUUCUAGAUUUCCUGCUGGCGGAGAUGGAAAAUCUCACCGGCCAGGUCGUCUUCGUUCUGGCCGGUUACCGCAAGCAGAUGGAAGCUUUCUUUGCACACAAUCCGGGUAUACCAAGUCGCAUUCCUCUGGAGAUGAAGUUCGAAGAUUAUACGGACGAAGAGCUGCAUCAUAUCUUUGCUCAUUGUGUGAACAAGAAGUACGGAGGUAGGAUGAAAGUCGACGCCGGUAUGGGAGGUCUGUAUGCUCGCAUAGUUGCUCGUCGUAUAGGUAGAGGAAGAGACCAGGAGGGUUUCGGUAAUGCUCGUGCUAUGCAGAACCAGAUCGAUCGGAUAACCGAACGUCAAGCGAAGCGUCUCCGGAAGCAACGAAGGGCAGGCAUUCCAUCCGACGACCACCUCCUGUCCAAAGAAGACCUUAUCGGUCCUGAGCCGGCCAUCAUGUUGCAAAGCAACAAAGCUUGGAUGAAACUCCAGGGCAUGAUCGGCCUCCAAUCGGUAAAGGAUAACAUUCGUGUUCUACUCGACAGCCUUCAACACAAUUAUCACCGUGAGCUUGCGGAGAAACCGAUAUUGCAGUAUUCUUUGAAUCGGUGCUUCGUAGGCUCACCAGGAACGGGCAAAACAUCCGUGGCAAAAUUGUACGGACGCAUACUAGCUGAUCUUGGUAUGCUAUCGGAUGGUGAAGUAAUUGUGAAGAACCCAUCGGAUUUUGUUGGAGAUGUACUUGGGGCCACAGAAACCAAGACGAAGGGGAUACUGGCCUCCAGCAUGGGAAAAGUUCUGAUUGUCGAUGAGGCUUACAUGCUCCGAACGGGUGCAGGAAGAAACCCCGACAUUUUUAAGGCCGCUGUCAUCGACACUAUAGUGGCAGAGGUGCAGAGUGUCCCUGACGAGGACAGAUGCGUAUUGCUUCUAGGAUAUAUGGAGCAAAUGGAAGAGAUGUUUCGCGAUGUCAACCCAGGUUUGGCUCGGCGAUUUCCUCUCGAUUCGGCAUUCGUCUUCGAUGACUUUGACGAUGAUGACCUUCGAAAGAUUCUCAAUUUGAAGCUUAAGGACAUCGGUUACAGCGCCACCGAUCAAGGAAAGAAAGUAGCAUUGGAGGCUUUGAAACGUGCUCGCAAUAAGCCAAACUUCGGCAACGCAGGCGAAGUCGAUAUCCUUCUGGAUCGCGCCAAGGCUCUACAUCAGAAGCAUCUCGCCGCGGGCAAGACUAAGCAUCUUGACACGCUGGGAGCUAUCGAUUUUGAUCCGGAUUUUGACCGAGCACAGCGUGCUACCACCAAUUUGGCAAAGCUGUUUCAAGAUACGGUUGGGUGCGAGGACCUGAUCAAACGGUUUCAGCACUACCAAAACACGGCGGCAAAUUUACAGUCAUUGGGUAUGGAUCCUCGCAACGAGAUUCCUUUCAACUUUUUGUUCAAAGGCCCACCUGGGACGGGGAAAACUACAACAGCGCAGAAGAUGGGCAAGAUCUUCUACGACAUGGGAUUCCUGGCUCAUGCCAAGGUUGAAGAGUGCUCCGCUACUGACUUGAUUGGUGAAUAUGUUGGUCACACUGGACCUAAGGUGCAAAAGCAAUUCGAGAAAGCCCUUGGUAAAGUGCUACUUAUCGACGAAGCGUACCGCCUUGGAGAAGGACAGUUCGCAGUCGAAGCUAUGGACGAGAUCGUCGAUUGCUUGACCAAGCCUAAAUUCGCCGGAAAGCUCAUCAUGAUCUUAGCGGGGUACGACCACGACAUUGACCGCUUGCUUUCUAAAAACCCUGGUCUCACCAGUCGAUUUUCCGAGACCGUUUACUUCUACCACCUUGAUCCUGGUACCUGCAUUGUACUUCUGACAAAGGACUUACAGAAGAGAGCUGCCAAAGCCCCGUUGGACCUGACAAUGUUGACCGAUGCGGCUCCGGAUUUCACCCGGCAACUACUUGGCCUCUUCGAAACUCUAUCGAAGCUGAACUCUUGGGGCAAUGGUAGAGAUGUCAAAUCGCUAGCCAAAGCAAUCUUCGGCGAGCUCAUUGCAAAUGCAAUUCCACCAAUCACCCAGCUUAUACUUACUGAGGAUCGGGUUCUUCGAGCGAUACAAACUAUGAUCGAUGAACGGUCUCGUCGCCAGCAAGCAGUCGGUGUUGAUCGGUUCCCGGGCAGCAAAAAAGGCCGACAGCCGAUGUCUCAGCAGCCACAUCCGCCACAACCUCCAACGACAGGCUCAUCAGCGAGCUCGCCCAACACGACUGCAAGGACCGAGGUCUCACCUCCAGCUCAGCCAAAGAGUAAUAAAGAUUCCAACUGCGCGGAGAACGAUGAGAAUGUGUCGUCGGAUGAGGAGGAAGAACCCGACGAACUGGCAGCAAUCUUGGGCAUUCUCAAUGUCCAGCGCGACCCAGGCAUCUCGGAUGAGGUCUGGGAACAGCUUGAACGGGACAAGCACGCGGCCGUAGCCCAAGAACGCGAGUACCUUCGCCUUCAAGAGGAAAAGCGCCAAGAUGAGAUCAAGCUCGAAGAGCUCAGACGCGCUGAGCUUGCGGCUAUGGUCAAUGAAGAACGCCUCAAGCUCGAACGAAAGAGGAUGCAAGCUGAAAUAGACCGGAGGAAGAGACUGGAAGAGCUUGCGGAGGCUGAGAAACAGAAGAAGAUUGAAAAGGAGAGACAGAAGAAUGUUCGGAAGCUGGGGCGUUGCCCAAUGAAUUUACUGUGGAUUCGCCAGAGUGGUGGGUACCGGUGUUCUGGAGGAAGCCACUGGCUUAGCGACAGUGACGUGGAUGCUUAUUACACUUAGAUGGAACGUUACGAGACUUGCGGCGGAGAAGGUGG